AUGCACGUGGCGGUCGUGGCGGGCACCUUGCAGGAAAAUGGUGGCGUGGAAAACCUGCAUGACGCCGACAAAGGAUGGCUCACUUCGCUUGGUCCUUUCAAGCGAACAACCUUCAACACCACCAAGCUGGCUACCCAAAUCUUGACACGCACGGCCUCGUCUCAUCAUCUCGACCGACCUUACUCUCCCCCACAGACGACUUCAAACGUGGAUAUCUCACUCCUCCUCAAGCCCAGAGACGCCAGACAGGGCGAUGUCGAGGACAACCGGGCACGUUCUUCAUCAGCCUCUCCAACAACCCGGUCGAGUGUGUCAGGUUCCAACUUGCCCAUAGGCGCCAACAACGCUAGCAACCAUGCCGGGCCUCAUGCUGGCAACACAAGUCCAUCGCCAUCAAGUCUUCGACCACAGCCUCAGUCACUGAAGCGAGCUGCAUCAACAGCGGAAUUGCCCACCACGUCUCCGGCCAAGAAGCAGUCAAAGUGGUCACCUGAUGAGGAUGCGAAGAUCAUCCAGCUGCGAGGCGACGGCAUGAAAUGGGAAGACAUCUCAAAGCAUCUGCCUGGCCGAAGUGCUAUAUCGUGUCGACUGCAUUACCAGAACUAUCUAGAACGUCGCAGUGAAUGGGAUGAAGACCGCAAAAAUAAGCUUGCACGACUUUACGAGAGGUUCAAAGCUGACAUGUGGUCUCGGAUAGCCGAAGAGAUGGCAAUCCCAUGGCGAGCUGCCGAAGCCAUGCACUGGCAGAUGGGCGAGCAUGAAAUGGCCCGACGGGCUGGAGUAACGCCGUUCACGCUCGCCAACACCAGCAACCUUGCUCAACAUCCCAAUGCCCCGACCAUAAGCGUGCGACAUCCCUUCCCUCCUCAUAUGCAAAUGCCGCCCAGCAUACCCGCAUCGUUGGCCACCUUCGAUCAUCAUCGCCGCAACUCUGGACCGGCCUUGUCGCAGUCCGGUCAACCACAGCAGCUGCCUUCUCUAGCCGAGUUGACCGCCGGGCUGCCUGCGUUCGCUCCCUCCUCAUAUCCUCCGAGUCAUCAAGCACCAAGCAGUGUAGGCUCCCCGUACUCCGAGUACCCAGGCCGUCGCAGCUUGCCUCCCGCCGGACACCACACAGGUACAGCCUUCGAUCACCUUCCACCUCCGGGAGCACUCAACAGCGGCAGACCAACGACUCCGUCCCCAGGUCAGCCUGCAGUUGCAGCCAACGGCUACUUCUCACGAUCCGACAUCAACGGCAACCGCUACUAG